GUGAGUCUCAAGUUUUAAGAAUUUGUGUAUUGUAGUUGAUAAGACCUAGCAUUUGAGCUUUGAAUUUGGGAUUAUUUAUUUAUUCAGUUUAAGGAUUCUGGGGGUUUUUCCAAGCUUCAAUUUUUAUGGGAUUUUUACUUGUUCAAGCUAAUCAGGUCGCCAUUCUUGGAGGGUCGGUGGGAUUUUUUCCAGGGCUGAUGUCUUCCACGCAGUAGUUGAGGUGAGUCUUUCUUUGAUUUUUGUGAUCUGGGUUUGCUUUGUUUUUGCGUUUUAUGUGUCUGGGUUCUUCAUGUUUUUGUGAUUUUUUUGAUAUGGGUUUUCAACUAUUAUGGAAUUCGUUUCCAAUUUCUCGUCGAAUCGUUGUGUUAUUGAUUUGCAUUGCACGACCUGUUUGUUAAUUUCAAUUUUGUAUGUGUAAUUUUUCUUCUUUGCGUUUUGAGUUGCUCCUUUUCUGUUUUGGUGUGUGAUUGCUCUAAUAUGGAAAUUUUAACGAGGUGAAUGAGGCAUUGAUUGAGUUACACAACGUGACACAGACUUUUGCUAGAAAUAUUCAGCAUUCCUUUUCAGAUUCCGAUCUUCGAGUUCUAAUGGAUACACUGAAGGCAGUGUACUCUCCCUUUGAAUCAUUUAAACAAAGGUAUGGACAGAUGGAGCGGGCCAUCCUUUCUUCUGAAAUUGCUGGGGUAGAUCUCAGGGGAGCUGUUACUUGUGGUGUGGGUGCCCAGGGGAUUGAACUCAGUGAAACAGUUCGCAGAAUGGAGGAAUCUAUUCCCCAUAUCAUUGUACUUCUUGAGGCAAGUGUAGAAAGGUGUAUCAACUUUACUGGUGGUUCUGAGGCAGAUGAACUAAUUCUUGCUCUUGAUGACAUAAUGUUACAAUAUAUUUCUGCUUUACAAGAGACACUAAGAUCAUUAAGAGUGGUCUGUGGAGCAGACCAUGAUGGUGUUGGUUCAAAGAAAGAGAUGGGAUCAGACAAGAGAGAUGGCAACACUGCACGAAAAGUUGAAUUGAUUUCAAAUGAGGAGGAAUGGUCCAUUGUUCAAGGGGCUUUGCAGAUCCUCACAGUUUCAGACUGAUGUGUUGUAAAUCAUUAAAGUAGAAAGGCUGAAAGAGACCAUGGCUUCUCCUUCUCCUUCUCACCACACAGCUAUCCCACAACGCAUCUCAAAACCCUCCAUUUCCCACUGUAAGUAAAUCUCUCUCUUUCUCUCUGUAUAUAUAAUAUAUAUACGUAUAUAUAUGACACUACUAGUACCCUUAAGAUGAACUAGUAUGAGAAAUAACUUAAACCCUUAAUUUCAUUGCUAAA